UUGGACUGCUGCUUGUCGCUGUUUGCGCACCCAGGCCGCGCGGGGAUAAAGCACCGCUAUCUCUUAUUCUCCACGCCAGAAGCUACAGCCCGCUACAAGUUGCACAGUUACAUUGUCUCCAGGUUCGUACCUGAGUAUCCCGCUGGUAGAGCUUUUGCCUGCAGCGCAGUGGUGGUGUUACAAGACAUGGGAUUUCAGCAAGGUGGGCAGAUGCCUUUGGUGCCUUCUUGGGAAGCCGAUUCACGCCGGAGAGCUUUGCACUCGUGUUCAACUUGGUCGCUUCCUGGUACUACAGCAGCUGAAUGUGCAUCAAACUUGAAGAAGAUUUACACAGUACAAACAGUGCAGAAUUUCUGGAGUGUCUACAACAACAUCCCUCCUGUGACAAAUUUGCCCCUGAGAAGUAGUUACCAUUUAAUGAGGGGAGAGAGACGACCGCUUUGGGAAGAGGAAAGUAAUGCCAAAGGAGGUGUAUGGAAAAUGAAGGUCCCUAAAGAAAGUACGGCUGCAGUCUGGAAAGAGCUACUGUUAGCAACUAUUGGAGAGCAGUUUACAGAUUGUUGUGCAGCAGAUGAUGAAGUAAUAGGGGUUAGCGUCAGUGUUCGUGACCGUGAAGAUGUUGUACAAGUCUGGAAUGUGAAUGCCUCUUUAGCAAGCGAAGCAAAAGUUUUAGAAAAGAUAUAUAAACUUCUGCCACACACCUCUUUUAAAGCAGUUUUUUAUAAACCACACAGAGAACAUCAUGCUUUUGAAGGCCGACGUGGAAGACAUUAACUGCAGUCUGUACCAAGUUCAUUAUUUGUUAUUUAGUGUUUUGAAGUGCUCUGGACACGGAGAAGGAUGGACAAAGCCCUGCAGAAGCACCGCACGCAGUGCCCUUUUGAGUUUCUAACGUUUCAAAUUGGGCUAUUGCUACUGAAAAUGAGGAAAAUGGUUGCCUUGAUUACUAAAUGCGCCAAUCAUUACUUUUUGUUUGGUUGUUUUUUUAGUUCUUCCUUGUUUCUUUAAAAAUAUAUUUUGGCCACUUGUUUUUUUGAUCCGAUUAUAUUUGUUUCUGUUUCAGUAAGAGAGAAAGCUUUAAUUUCUUCUGUACUGUACUUAACUAAGUGCAAAUGUGCACAAACAUGGUAUGCUGCUUUUUCUAGAUGUGCUGUACAUAGAGGAAUACUGGCUUGAUGAAAUGUGUUUUCAAUUUUCGUUUUGAAACAUUCCUAUCAUGUUAAGAUUUACUCACUGUCUUUGUCCCAAGAGAGAAAGCAAUUGCACUGCAUUAUUCUAAUAUAACCUGUAAUCUGGUCUUGCACUGGCAAUAGCACACAUACUGUAAGAGCAAAUAGUAAUCACUGAAUGAGAGACUAAAGAGAACACAUUUAUAUUAGGACUAACCCUCCACGAGAUGAUGUUAACCAAUAACUUGAAUUAUUUCAAAAGAACACUCCUUCAGACUGAGUGAGCGCUCAAUAGGAAGCCCUACAAACUCUGCACCUCUCUUAUUUUAAGAGGGAAUGGUGUUUUUAAUGGUUUUAUAUUGUAUGCUUCCUUACGAUGUUUUUCUGUACAUUCAUGAAAAGAGUGUCAUGAAUCAUUUCUAAUGCAUUUGACUGACUGGAUCCAUCUCUCACACUUCCUGGGUUAUUUUAGGCCUAUGCCUGCAUCUACAAAAGCAUCAGUAUCAGGACUGCUGUUGACUUCAGUGCAAAGGAAUAGGUCCCAUCAUAUGUAGUUUCAAGUUAUCAUGGCACCUUAAGUGAGUUUUUUUUUUAAUAUACAGAAAAGAAAUGGAUUUUGUUUUACAGUGUGAAUGUGAAUAUGAACUAUGCUAAUCUUUACAUGUUUGUCUGUAUUAAUUAUUUGCGGUGUCAGUUUGUUUUACUAUACUACCAAAGAUUAAUUUAGUUCCUUUUACAAGAAGAAGCUGCAAAGUAGAGGUGAAUGUACACUCUGCUGAGUGUUACUUCAUUUUUAAGAGUUUUUAUUUGGCAACUGUUUUCCACAUGUUUGGUAUAUUAAAAGGCAGCCAUUAGAAUCAAAUAAAUUUUAAAAUAAGAGUCACGUUUGAGAUUUUUUACAACUUCAUCUGUGUUUAUGAAUUAAAGCUGUGCAGUUAAUGAGCAUUAUUAAUUAAACAAGUUUUCUAAAAUCAAAUAUCUUGCUUCUGUAACUGCUUUCUGAGAUUAAAUGUUACUGAACCUUCUUUUUUAAA